AUGAAACUCUCUAGCUACCUCUGCGCGGCAGUUCUGGCUGUAGCCGGUCAGGCUGCCAAGGAUAAACCUGUUUACAAGGAUCCCAAAGCUUCUAUCGAUGACAGAGUCGAGGACCUUCUCAAGCGGAUGACUAUUCAGGACAAGACAGCACAAUUGAUCCAGGGUGAUAUGACAAACUAUCUCAAUCUCACUGAUGAGACUGUCAACAAGACUGGUUUGGCAUGGAACUUCAAGUAUCGAGCCAAUUCCAUCUGGACAGGCUUGUAUGCGAACAUGACUACUAUCAAGAAGGCUGCUAAGCUAGGACAAGAUUAUUUGGCCAAGGAGACUGAGCUUGGCAAGUUUUGUAUUCCUGCCUUUGUUCAGAGUGAAGGUCUCCACGGAGUCUUGAUUUUGAAUGGAACAAUUUUCAACAGUCCUAUUGGCAUGGGCUGCUCGUUCAACCCAGAGCUCAUCGAAAAGAUGGCCGAUGUCAUUGCAACAGAGUCUCGAGCCCUUGGCAUUAAUCAGCUGUUCUCUCCUCAAGUCGACUUGGCUCGAGAGUUGCGAUUCGGUCGCGUUGAGGAAUGCUUCAGCGAGGAUCCUUACUUAGCUGGAGAAAUGGGUUAUCGAUAUGUAAAGGGUCUUCAAGCAGGUGGCGUCUCAGCCAUGGUUAAGCACUAUGCUGCUUUUGCAACUCCAGAGCAAGGUAUCAACACUGGCCCAGUCCACGGUGGUGAGCGAGAGCUGCGGUCUCUCUACCUCCCUCCAUUCAAGCGAGCCAUCAUCGAUGGAGGCGCAACUUCGAUAAUGUCCUCCUACAACUCCUACGAUGGUGUUCCAGUUGUCGCAGACUCUUACCUCCUUACUGAUAUCCUCCGUGAAGAGUGGGGUUACAAGUACUACGUUAUCUCGGAUGCUGGUGGUACUGCUCGUCUUGCUCAAGCUUUCUAUGUCUGUCCUCUUGAGGACGAUGAGUGUAUCACUCUUGAGACUCUUCCCGCUGGUAAUGAUGCUGAAAUGGGUGGUGGCUACUGGAGUUUCGAGAUCAUCCCUGAGCUCGUCAAAGCUGGUAAACUCGACGAAAAGGUCGUCGAUACCGCUGUAUCUCGUGUUCUUCGCUCCAAGUUUGAGAUGGGUCUUUUUGAGAAGCCCUUCACUGGCGUCGCGGAUGAUAAGAUCUGGGACUAUGUCAACACCAAGGCACACAAGAAGGUUGCGCGCCAACUUGAUGCUGAGAGCAUCGUUCUUCUAGAGAACCACGAGAAUGUUCUGCCUCUGAAGAAAGACGCCAAUGUUGCUGUGAUCGGUCCCAUGGCCCACGGCUAUGUCAAUUACGGUGAUUAUGUCAUUCACACAGCCAUGACCCGAGGAGUUACUCCCUACGAUGGAAUUAAGGCCGCUAGCAAAGGCAAAGUGACCUUCACUCAAGGUUGCGAGCGCUGGUCCACAGACGAGUCUGGCUUCAAGGAGGCUGUAGCCGCAGCCGAGGCCGCUGAUGUCGCCGUUGUAGUCGUCGGAACAUGGUCUCGAGAUCAGAACGAGCUAUGGGGCGGUUUGAACGCCACGACCGGAGAGCAUAUAGACGUGAGUAACUUGAAUCUCAUCGGUGCCAUGCCCAAGCUCGUCAAGGCCAUCAUCGAGACUGGGAAGCCCACCGUUGUGGUGUACAGUUCCGGAAAGCCUAUCACAGAGCCAUGGAUUUCAGAGGAGGCUUCUGCUCUUAUUCAGCAGUUUUACCAGUCUCAGGAAGGUGGUCAUGCGUUGGCUGAUAUUCUGUACGGCAACGUCAACCCCUCGGGCAAGCUCUCCGUCAGCUUCCCCUACGAUGUCGGCACCACGCCCAUCUACUACGACCAUCUCAACUCUGCGCGCGCCUGGCCAAACCCUGGUAAGAUUUAUGAGAACGGUACCCUUAAGUUUGGUAGCAACUACGUCCUUGAGAACCCCGAGGCCCUCUACACAUUCGGCUAUGGUUUGUCAUACAGCAAGUUCGAUUUCUCCAACAUCUCCGUCUCCAAGAAGAACGUCACUGCGACCGACACUGUCACCGUUUCCGUCGACGUCAGCAACAAGUCCAAGCGCGACGGCUCUGAGGUUGUGCAGCUGUAUGUCAAGGACAUGCUUGCGUCUGUCGAUGUUGCGCGAUACCAGCUCAAGGGUUUCAAGAAGGUCGCCGUCAAGGCUGGCAAGACCCAGACUGUCAAGAUUGAUCUCAAGGUUGAGGACUGGGGUCUAUGGAACCGUAAGAUGAAGUAUGUCGUGGAGCCUGGUGAUUUCACUGUCUUUGUAGGAAACUCGAGCGAGAACUUCAAAGGCAACGUGACUGUCACAGUUUCGUAG